GGUAAACGUAAUCCACAUCUCAGAAUCAGGACGUGGCAGUUUCCUCGUCCAUUCUUCUUCUCGUCUUUUCCCCUUCAUCUCUUCUGGUUCUGGCACUGGCUGGCAGAGUCCGCCUACUCACACACGAAGAAGAAUACCUUAACAAUGGCGUUCCGGCUUCCCGCUCAGCUUGCAACGGUGCCAUCCAAUGGCCAUCCUCACCAGCUCGCCGCCGGUCCCGCGCCUUCUUCUUCACUCUCGUGGCGCCGCAAUUUAGCUCCUCACCUCCCUCUCUUCUCCCCAUCCCCUCCGUCGUCCGUCUCUGGGAAGUGCUACCUACGACCGGCAGUGAGUUGCAAUGCGGCGAGUGCCGCGGCAGCUAAUUUGGCGCCGGGGACUCCCGUCCGCCCGACGAGCGUGCUCGUCGUCGGAGCCACUGGAACUCUCGGGAGGCAAGUCGUCAGGCGAGCGCUCGACGAAGGUUACGAAGUGAGAUGUCUCGUCAGACCUCGUCCCGCUCCCGCCGAUUUCCUCCGCGAUUGGGGCGCCACCGUCGUCAAUGCGGAUCUUAGCAGGCCGGAGACAAUCCCGGCGACGUUGGUUGGGAUUCACACGGUGAUCGACUGCGCCACUGGCCGUCCCGAGGAGCCGAUUAAAACGGUAGACUGGGAAGGGAAAGUUGCGCUUAUACAAUGUGCGAAGGCAAUGGGGGUACAGAAAUAUGUGUUCUAUUCGAUUCACAACUGUGACAAGCAUCCCGAGGUUCCGUUAAUGGAGAUCAAGUACUGCACAGAGAAGUUCCUCAAGGACUCUGGACUUCCUCACAUCACCAUACGAUUGUGUGGCUUCAUGCAAGGUCUGAUCGGGCAAUAUGCGGUGCCUAUAUUGGAGGACAAAUCCGUGUGGGGAACCGAUGCUCCUACGAGAAUCGCGUAUAUGGACACUCAGGAUAUAGCUCGAUUGACAUUCAUUGCUCUGAGGAAUGAGCAAAUCAUUGGGAAGCUCCUGACUUUUGCUGGUCCUCGAGCUUGGACGACUCAGGAGGUGAUAGCACUGUGCGAGAGGCUGGCCGGACAGGAUGCCAAUGUAACCACAGUUCCAGUCUCGGUCUUGCGGUUCACCAGGCAGCUGACAAGGUUUUUCGAGUGGACGAAUGAUGUUGCUGAUAGACUGGCGUUCUCAGAGGUUCUUUCGAGCGACACCGUGUUCUCCGUCCCCAUGGCGGAGACGUACAGCCUGCUGGGUGUGGACCAGAAGGAGAUUGGGAGCCUGGAGAAGUACCUGCAGGACUACUUCACCAACAUAUUGAAGAAGUUGAAGGACCUCAAAGCUCAAUCUAAGCAAACUGACAUUUACUUUUGAAAUGCUAUGUUGUUAUAUAUACUUGUAUUCAUGGAACUGUAAAUUUUCUACACGAGGAGAGGCUCGAGAUUGAUGUACGAACUGAUAGAUGAUUUGACUAUCAACGAAAUUCCUUCACCUUGUAGUCUCUGACUCUCUGUAAGUUUCAAUCUCAGGUUCCCUUCUUUAUCCUGCUACCGUGGAAUGAUCUUUGGGCCUGGCCCAAUCAGAUUCGGACUGGGUCCGAGAAUCGGAGUACUUAAGAUUGGGCCGACGCAAGAGUGGUGGGCUUGCGUGGAUUCCAGUUCAAGGAGCUUUUGGUUAUGGGGGAUUGAUUUGAUUCGAAGAAAUCCGAAAUCCCGUCUGAGAGGGAAAUCAUAGCCCGUGUUAUAAACGCACUGCUACGUAUCGGGAAAUCGCAGGAAUCGACAAAGCAAGAAUACGAAAGUGAGAAUCGAAAACACGACACACGAUUUACGUGGUUCACUAACACGAUGUGUGUUAGCUACGUCCACGGGCGAGAGCCAAUUUCACUAUAUCGAGGAGAUUACUUAUUACAGAGGAGUAUGAGAAGUAUUUAUAGUACUUCUCCAUGUGGGUCUAAACCUAAUCCAAUCUGACAAAGGAAAUGGUUACAGACCAGGCCCAAACCCCCGAUUACCAGUCGUAGCGGCUGAUAGUCCGAUUCAAGUCACAUCAACAGCCCGUGAUUGGGGUGGAAUGUGGAAUAUGUGCAGAUGAGCUUUUACGCAAAAUCAAUGUCGAAUCAUUACAGAAAGUGAGUGGGUUGGGUCGGGUUGGGUCGAGAAGGGUAAUGGUCCUGGGUGGGUGGGAAUGGGAAUGACCAAUGGGCCAGUCUCGGGCGAGUAUUUGGAGAAAUUCGUCUCAUGACAAGUUGAGUUUAGAUUGGAUAAUUUAUUACGGAGUGUGAAUCGAGAAAGGUUGAUCUAUGUGUAUAUAUAAUUAAAAAAAACAUUAGAAAGAAAUACCAAAAUAUUGAUAAAAAUUAUUUUUAAUUUAGAAAAAAUGGGUCAAGAAUGGAAAAUGUCGGGUCUGAGUGGAGUACUCAUUUCCACCUCACCUAUGAGCCAGGUAUCGCCCACCAUAAAACACAGGUCAAACAAAUCCAAUAAAACGUAUUAGGUUACUGGGUUUUUUAUUGAAGAGAUCAAAUUUACAAACUGGAUUUGCUACCUACCAGCAGCAAGACGCAGGGGCCAGAAAUAAACUGUUGGAAGCCAUUAAUGAAUUGGUACUGAUGAA